AUGAACCUGAGAAAAUACACCAUUUUAGGAGGCGUUUUCCACGUUAACUAUUUACACCAACCGUCCCAGCCUCAAGAGCUCGCUUCCGUACCAAACCUGAGGAUAACCAGAAGUUUUCUUCCUAACGAGCUGCAACACGUUGAUUUCUUCGAAAGCUACGACCCACCGGCGCCCACUGAUCCCAACGUUCGCAAACAGCCGGAGCAAAUAGAAGAGGAAAUGCGCAAGCAAGAGGAAGCCUUGGAUAGGCUAAUAGCUAUUGACCUGACGUGGCCUCAACACGUGAUAUUCUUGGAGUUGCCGAUCGUGUGCGUUUGGAUGGAGAAGGAGAAGCAUUGGACCAAAAGAUACGUGCAUGAUUUGAAGCAUAACGAAGACAAAGGUACAAUGUCGUUGAAGACGCAAGUUUUUGGUAUUUUCGGUUUGGCUACGCUGAGAUACGCCAAUUUGCCGUUUCAGGCGUGGGACGUCAAGCCUGAAUCUAAUGGGUCGGUAACGAUAAAUAUCACCACUGCAAUUAUAAUCCUAGAGUUCAAUGUAAAAGAUGGAUUAGUGUGUAUUUCGCAGCUUCAAAAUAGUCCAAAUAGAGCACUGUUGGAUCAAAUUGGAAAAUAUGUUAAAUUGCACCGAGUAAAGAAGAUGUUAAAAAACGCCGGUAUAGAUAUAUUUCCAGAGCAUGACGGCUAUUGUUACGUUGAUGGAAGUUGCGAAAAACAUUGGCCUACAGAAAAGCAUUUGUACUCAAACAUGGCCAUUUUGAGUGGAGUGUUUAAUUUCUCUUGGUCCAGAUGGAACGCGUCCCAAGGAAGAAGGAACAUUGUGGUGCAGAUGAGAGAAUACGCCCCAGACAGGUCUAAACAAAAAACACAUUUGCUCGUUCUUGUAAAUCCAAUGAAGGCUUAUUAUAUCGACUGCACAGAAGUUAGUCAGGCAUUUGUUGAUAAACCUGUCGAAGGUUCAAAAUUUUGUGCUGAUUUAUUGAACUUGGUAAGAAGUACCACUGGAAUAUUUAUAAGAAAAAAAGUGGAAUCAUAUUCGAAGAUAAACGUUUACGCGGUUUAUGAAUUUUUAGUAGCUACGAGGGUUGUUAGUUUUUCUUAA